CCGAAAUACUGAACGUCGACCCCUAAUUCUGCCUAUCUACAAUGAUAAAGCUACAGCACAUUCCUUCAAACAGAAUUCUGUUAUUCUAACUACCUCAACUAACUGUAACUAAAUCUCCCUCUCUGUAACUAGCUUUUGACUUUGCACUACUUUGUCUUCUGUACUUGAGCUGUUAUCCUUUUGCUACUUAUGAGAUCACGGGAAAUUGUCUUGAAGCUUGUCGGAGUAUGUACAACAGCCAAAUUGCUGACCCAAUUGCAUUCUCUAAUCAUAAGAACUGGACUAAAUCAAGACAUUCAACUCGCCGCUAAACUGACAGAGCUAUAUUUCGAAUUGUUACCUGUUCAAACUGCCCGUAAAGUGUUUGAUGAAAUUCCUCACCCAAGUGCAUACACCUACAAUCGCAUUCUACAACGCUUUUUUGGAAUAAAACGAUAUGGGGAAGUACUGUCUCUCUUUUCAUCUAUGUUGUCAUUCGAAAAGCCUGAUCAUUUCACAUUACUUUUUGCAUUAAAGUCGUGUUCUGCAUUAAAAGCACUAAAUUUUGGCAAAACGAUUCACGGCUUCGGGAUAAAACAUGGUAACAUUCAUUCAAACAUGUUUCUAGGCUCGACCCUCAUUCAGUUUUACUCAAAAUGUGGAGAUAUGGACGACGCUUUACGCGUCUUUGAGGAAUAUACAAAGCCUGAUCUUGUUUUGUGGACAACAUUGGUUACUGGUUAUGAGCAAAGUUUUAAGCCUGAUGAAGCAUUAGCUGUUUUUACUGGAAUGAUGAUGACACGUGGCGUUAGUCCAGAUCCAGUAACCCUUGCCACUGUUGUUUCUGCUUGUACUCAGUUGCUGAAUCUAAAAGCUGGGGAAAGCGUUCAUGGGCUUGUAAUUAGAAUGAAUAAUAAAAGUCCCCUACCUGUAUCCAACGCUUUGUUGAAUUUAUAUGCAAAGACUGGGUCCAUAGAGUAUGGGGUAAAUUUGUUUAGGAUGAUGGAAGAAAAAGAUGUAAUUUCAUGGAGUUGUAUAAUUUCUUGUUGUGCUCAUAAUGGUGCUACUGAUAGAGCAAUAAGUCUUUUUGAUGAGAUGAUACAUAAAGGUGUUGAACCCAAUUUGGUUUGUGUGAUCAGUGCUUUGCAAGCAUGUGAAGCUUCUUGUAACUUGGACAAAGGUAGGAAAAUACAUGAACUAGCUUUCCAGAAAGGUCUUGAACUAGAUAUAUUGGUUUCCACGGCUUUAAUUGAUAUGUACAUGAGCUGCUGUUCACCUAAGGAAGCGAUUAUGGUAUUUGAUAGAAUGCUGAACAAAGAUGAUAUUUCGUGGUUUUCUCUGUUAUGUGGUUGUGUUCAAAAUGGAAUGUUCUACAAGUCGAUGCAAAUCUUUUGUGAUAUGACGUCUAGUGAUAUCCAGCCUGAUGCUACUGUGAUGGUUAAAAUUCUUGGAGCUUGUUCUGAGUUGGGGAUUAUUCAAUUGACUUCUUGUCUUCAUGGUUAUGUAAUUAGAGGAGGAUUCACCAGCAAUUCUUUCGUCGGGGCUUCACUUAUUGAAUGCUAUGCAAAAUGUGGUAGCUUGGAGGAGGCUGUUAAGGUUUUUGAAGGAUUAACAGAUGAUAAAGAUAUUGUUGUCUGGAGCUCCAUGUUUGCAGGCUAUGGAAUUCAUGGACAAGCUAAGGAAUCGAUUAAGUUAUUUCAUCGUAUGGUUAGAGAUUCCUCAGUUAGGCCUAACAAAGUUACGUUCCUUUCAAUUUUAGCAGCUUGUAGUCAUGCAGGUCUUGUUGAGGAAGGAAUUGAAUUAUUCAAUAUGAUGUUAAAUGAGUACCAACUGAUGCCAGAAUCAAAGCAUUAUGCAAUCAUUGUUGAUUUACUCGGACGAACUGGAGAACUGGACAAGGCUAUGUGCUUUAUUAAUCAAAUGCACUCACGGGCUGGAGCACACGUGUGGGGGGCCUUGCUUGGUGCCUGUGGGAUUCAUCAGAAUACAGAGAUUGGAGAAGUCGCUGCCAGGAAGCUUCUCCAAUUAGAUCCAGAUCAUGCAGGGUACUAUAUCUUGUUAUCAAAUGUGUAUGCUGUUGAUGGAAAGUGGGAUGGUGCAGCUGAACUUAGAGGUUCAAUUAAAGAGAAACAGUUGAAAACGAUAACUGGCCAAAGUGUUGUGAGACUUUAGGAAUUAAGUCCAUGUCUUUUUAGCCAUUAAGUGAUAUCACUGGGACUUAAGAGCACAUCUAUAGAUUCCUAAGAAAUUUUGAGGCGAAAUGAGAGAGGCAGGCAAUGAUCCUAAUUGAAACGUUCUGCGGAAUUGUGCUGAAAGAGUUUCAUAUUUUCAGAAGUUUGAGACAAACGACAUCUGCUCAAGUGUGUUAUCCGCAUUUAGAUAUGGUUUAAGUAUUUCUGGAUGUCGGUAUCAGGUACAUAGCUUACUAGUCAAUGACUGCUAUAGCAUCAACAGAUCCAGGAUAUUCAUACAGAUUGCACAGGAAACAAGCGGGAAGGUCAGAAAUGAGUUGCUCAACUGUCCUGCAUCUUUGUAGCUUCAAUAUAUAACAAUCAUAUGUCAACAAGUAUUUGCUCAAAUCAAAGGUUGAGCUAGUGGACGAGAUCCUUCCACCUUAACUGAAGUUUCUCAGGGUUUGAGCCCUUGGAAUCGAGAAAUUCCCCGUAGGAAGCAGCACCCUUUUUAGUGGACUUAACGCUACAUGAAUGCAGAUUAAUAGGUCUAGCGAAUUGUGGUAAGUAUUUGCUGAAAGUCCAUAAGAUUAACCUCUCUUUUCAGUAAUGAUAAUUCUUUUUGAUUCUUUAGGUGAUGUUUAUGGAAGGGUUGUGGUUGUGGAAUUUUUGCCGGAUGG